GAAAUUAAUUAACGCCAGUAUUAGAUCAAACUCGUGUGGUACUUCUUCUCAUCGUCAAAAGAGAAAAAUUGAAAAUGCCGAUUGAUUUGUAUUAUUUACCUGGAAGUGCUCCAUGCAGGAAUGUAUUGCUAACUGCAAAAGCAAUUGGAGUAGAUUUAAAUUUAAAACACUUAGAUUUGAUGAAGGGGGAGCAUCUUACACCGGAAUUUCUGAAAAUAAAUCCGCAGCAUACUAUACCCACGUUAGUCGAUAAUGGAUUUGCAUUGUGGGAAAGUAGGGCAAUAAUGACCUACCUUGCUAAUCAAUACAGCAAGAAUGAUUCAUUGUAUCCAAAAGAUCCAAAAACUAGAGCAGUCAUAGAUCAGAGAUUAUUCUUUGAUGCUGCAACUCUGUAUCAAACAUUUUCUGAUUAUUAUUAUCCAACGAUUUUCGCUGGAGCUCCAAAGGAUGAAGCCAAACUGGAGAAAUGCAAGCAAGCCGUAAAAUUCCUUGAUACAUUCCUUGAAGGGCAGAACUAUGCUGUUGGUAAUAAUCUUACCUUGGCAGAUCUCUCAUUGGUUUCAACUGUGUCUACUUAUGAAGCUGUAGACUUUGACCUAUCUCCUUAUAAGAAUGUGCAAAAAUGGUAUGCCAAGGUGAAGUCAACUGCACCAGGAUAUGAAGAAACUAAUGGCAAUGGAGUCAAGAUAUUCAGGCAAAUGGUCCAAAACCUAACUAAAAAAUAAAACUUAUUUACUUUCCAGAGUUUAAUUAUCUACUGUAUAUGUUAACAUUGCACAGAGCAUGUAUUUUUUUAAUUUGUCCUUUAUAAACACAUAGUGCUGGAUUAUAUCAAAAUGUAACUUUACCAUCCUUCAUUAAACUAAUUAGUGUUUAUAAUAGUUAAAUUAUUUCACUUAUUUUUUGGAAAAUAAAUGAAUUGGUUUUUUCUUUGUCAA